CCACAUCUAGGCCCUGAUCAAUAAGCCGAGCAGCAGCAGAGCAAGAUUCAGCCACUGCCCUUGUGCGUCGCAGCAUCCGCCACCGAGCAACAAACAAAAAGCCUCAAAUUCUCCACUUCGCCUUUUUCGCCGGCCAGGAUGAAGGUAGUACUUUGCUUGGCAGUUUUGGCUGUGGUGUGCCAUCAGGCGGUGGUGGCCGACGGCCAGCAGGGCGGCCAGAAGGUGGCCGAGUGGAGCGACAAGUCGGUGGCGAACGCGGUCGGCGGCGCAGUCAGCAACGACGUGCCCUCACGCCAGGAAAGAGCCGCCAAGGAGAACAAAAAGGAAAAGAAGGAGAAGAAAGUGAGAGCGGACAACUGCAAAUACUCAAAGGGUGCCUGGAGCGAGUGCGACCCUAAGACCAACAUGAGGACAAGAACGUUCACCCUGAAGAAGGGCGACGUCACGAACUGUGAGCAGACCAGAGUGAUCGAGAAGAAGUGCAAAAAGGGCAAGUCAGGCUGUCAGUACGAGAAGGGCACUUGGAGCAGCUGCUCGACCCCACAGAACCAGAUGAGCCGCACGGACCGACUGAAGCCAGGCAGCGACCCCAGCUGCGAGGCCACCCGCCAGGUCACACGGAACUGCAAGAACAAGCAGGGCAAGGAGAACAAGCAGAAGGGAAACUCGAGCGGCCGCCGAAACAAGCAGUAAGCCGGCCAACCCCUCUGCCUAGAUAUGCAAGCAAGAUUUCGAGAGAGAAUCGGCGAAGAAAAAAAUAAAUAAGUAAUUGAAUCAAAGUGACGAGACAAAAAACUACCACAUAGCACACAAACUUCACUCUCAUCUCCCGACCGCAUGUACUGUAUACACACACACACACACACAUUGAAUUAGCAAACAAAAAGCCGUUCGCCUGGUGAUAAUUCCCCCUCCACCCCCUGGUAACGCACCCCCCGGUAAUUAGAGAGCUCGCCGAGACGGCCCUUGUAUUGUUGGUUUUGUAUAACAAUUGCAAGAAAAGUUUCUCAUCACUGUGUCGUAUUCGCCGACAUUUUUGCCACCUCCUUGCUAUCAUUUAUCUUUCGCGAUAUCUAUAAACGCGCGCACUUAAUUCUGUAUUUCAUUAUUUGACGCGAAAACGACUUGCAUAAUUAAGGUACUUGUAGACAUGCUUGGUGUACACAAUUAGGGGUGCCUCUCAUAAUCCAACCCGUUUCGGCCGUGCGUCGCGCGAAAUUUCCCAAGGAUUAUGAGAGGAGCGUACUUGACAAUUGGAGCAGAAGAUAAUAUCAUUGGUUAUCUUGUAGCUGGACUCUUUUACUCUGGAUACGUAUUUGCAUAAAAUAAAUAAUUAUAUUACAUAACACGAACACACACGACUAUUACCAUUGCGUACAUAACAUGUUAAUUAAAUGUCACACAAUCGGACACCGACUUAUACAAAAAGCCAACAAAUUUCUAGUUCUUCCCACGAUUCAGUUCCGAAUUAAUGCAUUUAUUAAUAGUAUUAUAUUAUACGAUAAGUAAUUUGUGAUUCGCGUGACGUUCGCAGAAAUUAGAAUUAUUUUUAAGUUGUUUGGGUGCCAAAAUCCUGAACGCGCAGAAUUUGAUUCCCUAUAUAUUUAUGCCGUAGGCUCGCUACGUUUCUUCCACUUCGCAGACGCGCUUGUUUCUUUUACACACACACGCACACAGACACUCACAUAAACACACGCAAACUAUAGAAUCUUCUCAUUAAGCCAAACUGCACAAUGUUAGGAAAUAAUCCGAAAAAAAAUAAGCAGAGUGUUAGCUGGGAAAGGAAAGCUACCCAAAAUGUUAUUACUUGUGCACGCAUCACAUUCAGAAUUGUGUAAAACAGUUGUUUUAGCAGUUAAGAAACUCGAUCCAAAAUAAGAAAAGCGCGUAUUCCAAAAGAUGACACACGUAUACACAACGCACACUUGUGUAUUUAGCGGACUAUUAAAUUACUAUUACUACUACAUACAUAACUGUAAGCAUUGUAAUUAAGGUAAUAAAAGGUGUAAUGCUUAUUAUUAAUAAAAUGUACUUUAAUAAAGCAGUGAAUUACAUACAAUUAAA